CUAAGCAAACUGUAUAAAGCAGCAGCCGGGUCCUUAAGAUUGGAGUGGACUCGUCUAGUUUGCACAGCGAGGUUUCAUCUGAUCACUUUGUCCAGCAGUUAUUAAAACUAAAAAUAACAAAAACCUGUAUUUUAAAGGACUCCAGCCAUGAACCAGAAUGAGAACAAUGGAACGAUCAGAAACUUGAAUACCAUGUUCUCUCACUUGAAAAGGAUGGUGCCACUGAUACAACCAAGGCAAAAUGUGAGCAAAUUGGACAUUCUGAAAGCUGCGAUAGAAUACAUUCGACUGCUGCUUGCAGUUUUGGAGAAAACUGACAAUGAUGAAGGCAGUGUCACUGAUUUCUUAAAGAAUGCAAUCAUCUACAGUCAGGCUGAAGGCCUUGGGAGUGACCUCUGGCAAGUGAAUGAUGUUGAUGAUGAUGAUAAAGUUGCUGUCAGUCCUUGAAAUGUAUUGUAAAUGUGAUUUGUAUAUAUUGUGCUAUUUCACUCACUUAUAUCUGUAGUCAAAGUAGUUGAAUUAUGAUACUGCUGUUAUAUCCCACAGUCUAGAUUGUGUGAUGUGUAUGUAGUUUAGUUUCCAUUAUACUUCUGAGUUAAAAGAAUGUGACAAUUAUUAGAUUUGUUAGAGAGGUGUGUAUUAUCCUGUACCAUUGAUCUGCUGUGAAUGUGUUACACUGUUUCUUGACAUUUCAUGCUGCUGAAUCAUGAAGAGAAUGUUGGGUGCAGAGGGCCUUGUUGUUCUGAUAGUAGAAGAGACAGACCAGGGCCGUGCAGAGACGUUUAUAGGGGCGGGUGCUCAAAGUUAAAAAGGGGCACAUUGAACCAGGCUGAAUAACAACAACACACAUUCAUCAAGAAUCUAAUAUGGGAUCGCAUCAUACUACAUCACUGUUGUGAUGUGGCAACAAGGCAAAGCAAACGUAGCCUAUGUUUUACCUGAUGGGUACAAUGUUGCUGUUGAGGGGUUGCUGCGGCUCCUGCUGCUGAUAGUGCUGGAGGGCAGGGCUGUGCUGAUCUGAGACUGUAGACAUUAAAAUGUUCAUAGGAGAGAUGGUAGCUGAUUAAACAAGUGUCAUGAGAUAAUAACAAAAUGCAAAGAACAUAACAAAAUGCGCUUGGAACCACAAGGCAACAAAAAACUGUGAGAAAUAAACUAGGCUCUGCUCGGCUGAUUAGGUCCCACACCCGCUUUCACACCUUGGCGCAUGUGAUUAGAGGAUCACCAGGGGGUCCUUUGUCCCUCCUUGGGG